CUUACGGCCAUGCGGAUCGCGUUCGCUCGGUAUAUGAAUCGGAGAUUGCUCACUCCUGGGGCAUACAGACUAUAUCAUGCUUCUGUCCUUCCUUCCUUCAUCUCACCAUCGACCCCCGAGUUCGUAACUAAAUCUAAGGACAUGGAUGGGCUCGUGGCUGAUUUCGAGGAGAAGCUAUCCCAAGGCAGACUAGGAGGAGGCUUGAAGGCUGCAGAGAGGAUGAAGAGCAAGGGGAAGAAGCUUCCUCGAGAACGUUUGUCUCUUCUGUUAGAUCCGCAUACACCUUUCUUGGAGCUAUCACCUCUCGCUGCCCAGGACGUAUAUCCUGAGGCUGUUCCAGGCGCUGGCAUCAUCACAGGAAUAGGCAGAAUUUCUGGAAGAGAGUGCAUGGUAAUUGUCAACGACGCGACCGUUAAGGGCGGAUCUUAUUACCCUCUGACUGUUAAGAAGCAUCUACGUGCGCAGGAAAUUGCCAGGGAAAACUGCCUCCCAUGCGUCUACGUUGUCGAAUCGGGUGGCGCUGCGCUUCCACAUCAAGCCAAUGUAUUUCCAGACAAGGAACAUUUCGGUCGAAUAUUCUAUAACAUGGCACAAAUGUCUGCAUUAGGCAUACCGCAAAUCGCCAUCGUCCAUGGAAUCUCAGUAGCCGGCGGAGCGUACGUACCUGCUAUGGCAGACGAAAACAUCAUUGUUCGCGAGCAGGGCCGUAUCUUUCUCGCCGGGCCACCUUUGGUGAAAGCUGCAACAGGCGAAGAGGUUGACGAAGAGACCCUUGGAGGCGGUCAAAUGCACUCCAGCGAGAGCGGUGUGACAGACCACUUGGCGCGUGAUGACGAACAUGCUAUUGCCAUCGCCCGGGGUAUUGUAGGCGACCUUGGAAAGGCUGGCGGAAGAGAAGUAGCUCCUCCGGCACCCAUAGAAGACCCGCUUUAUCCUUCCUCUGAGCUUCAUGGGAUUGUGGGUACUGACCUCCGCCAGGCCUUCGACAUGCGAGAUGUCAUAGCCCGUAUUGUUGACGGAAGUCGAUUCCGCGAGUUCAAGAAGGAGUACGGCACCACAAUGAUAACUGGCUUCGCUCACAUCCACGGCUACCCUGUCGGUAUCGUGGCGAACAACGGCAUUCUGUUCUCCCCCUCAGCUCUCAAAGCAACGCACUUUAUUCAGCUGUGCUCACAGCGCCAGAUUCCCCUCCUGUUCCUUGUGAACGUUACGGGCUAUAUGGUCGGGUCCAAAGCUGAAAAGGGCGGCAUCGCAAAGGACGGCGCGAAGAUGGUCCGCGCAGUUGCGUGCGCUGACGUGCCAAAGCUAACUGUGAUUGUUGGGGGUAGCUUUGGUGCCGGGAAUUACGGCAUGGCCGGCCGUGCUUAUUCUCCACGCUUCUUGUGGAUGUGGCCUAAUGCGAAGGUAUCUGUCAUGGGGUCGGGGCAGCUAUCCCAAGUAAUGCAGACGGUCUCCCGUGACCCUUCGCAGCACGCAUCGCUCAAGGCAGAAAUUGAGGCUCAGUCGUCGGCACUGUACGCUACUGCACGGUUAUGGGACGAUGGGAUCAUCAAGCCCACGGAUACCCGGGAUGUUGUAGGCCUUGGGCUCGCGCUGGCGGCGCGUGAGCACACAGGGGGUCCGAGUACGACGUGGGACGGUGCCCGGAAGGGCUUUGGGGUGUAUAGAAUGUAGCUUGCACUCAUCGCUUGACUAACCUAUAAUUUGGCUC